UUCUCGGUGGAGAGGGAACUUUUCCGUGCUUGGAAUUUGCGCCGGGUGAAACCGGAGCUCGGCAUCUCGGGAAGCUCCUGAAUAAUGAAAAGGAUCGGGAGCUCUCGGAUUCCGGAGCCGACGGAACCCGGCUUGGUUUUCCAACCCCUGCGGAUCCAGGCCCGGCUGGAACGAGAGGGAUUCAUCCUCCAAAUCCCCCCCCCCAAAAAAUUCCCGGUUUGGGCUGAUUUUAUCCUGGGAAUCGCUGCUGGGAAUCGCCUGGAGGGAUCUGUGGCGUUCCCGGUGUUUCAUUCCCGGUGUUCAGCAGCGCCAGGGAAUGAAAUUUUUCCGUGGAUUUUUUCCUUCAUCCGUUGCCAGAUCCAGACACAAAAAUCCUUCCCCUGCCUCGGGGUGAUUUCCUGGAAAAUCCGAGGAAGUGGCAGGCGGAGUGGGGAAAUUCCAUCCCGGCUUUCUCCUCAAAUUCGUGGAAUUCUUUUGGGAAUUCCUUGGGAUCCUUUGGGAAAACUUCGCUUCCCGGUGGAUUUUCCUGCUCUUCCACCUUUCCCAUCUCAGCCUGUUUCGUUGGGAUGCCGAGGGAAUUUCCCAAGGCAAAUUCCAGCAAAAUCUGCUCCAUGGGAAUGUCUGAAUCCCAAAUUUUGCCUGGAUAAUUCCCAACUUUUGAUUUCCUUCUGCUUUUCUUGUGGGAUGUCCGCUUUUUCCCGUGGGAAUUGCAUCUGGAAGAGCCCAUCCCUUGAUUUCCUCUUGGAUUUGGAUUUCCCAAGGAUCUCCCUGUGGAAAAGGGAAUUGCUGGGCACUCCUGGCCUGGGGAAAAGGGGGAAAAAUCUGCUGGAAUUUCGGCUGGAUUUGGGAAAGGAGGAAUCCUGCUGGCUGGAAUCUCCCUCCAAAGCGCUUCCAGGAGCUGGGCUGGCUUUUCCAGGCGGAAGGAAUUCUGUGGGAUAGGGAAUGUGGUGGUUCAGGGAACGAUCCCGUGGUUUGUUUGGAGCAAAAUCCCGGGAUUUUCUCUCCUGGCUGCUUCACUUCAGCUCCAUCCCAGCCCAUCCAGGUGUGGAAUUCCAGGAUGGAUUGGCUUGGAAGCUCUCUGGGUCCCCAGGAUUCUCCCCAGGCUCCAUAUUCCCGGCUAAUUCCAGCCUUGGGAAUGGCUGGAGAGGGAAAACUCCGGGAAGAAGGAGCUGGAGGUCCCUGCCAGGGCGUGGAGUUAUCCAAGGAUAUUUUUUUCCUGCUUUUCCCUCUGGUUUUCAAUGGAUUUGGGGAAUUCCCUCUCAACCAUUUGGGAUGUGGGGAAAUGCCAUCAAAUUCCAUCCCUGGAAGUGUCCAAGGCCGGGUUGGACAGGGCCUGGAGCAGCUUGGGAUAGCGGGAAUGUCCCUGCCCAUGGAAUGGGAUCAUCCCUAAAUCCCUUCCCAGCAAUCCAUCCGGGAAUUCUGGGAUUCUCCGACCCCCUCCUCCACAUUUUUCCCCUCCUGCUCGUUUUUCCAGGAGAUUCCCACCCACACCCCCCCUGCUCCCCGUGGCAUCCCAGGGCUGCCAGGAAAGCUGGAGCAGGGAAAAAUUCCCAGGGGGAGGCAUUCCAUGGAGUCCUGGAAUGGUUUGGGUGGGAAAGGACCUUCAGGAAUGAUCCCAUUCCGUGGGCAGGGACGGCUCCCUCUAUCCCAGGCUGCUCCCGUCCAGCCUGGCUUGGGACGCUUCCACAGGGAUGGAGAUUCCCAACUUUCCUGUUCCAGCGGCUGCAGGGAGGACAAAGCUCCCCUCGGCUCUGCUUUUUCCCAAGGCUUUUCCCAUUUUUUUGGCCGCUUCCCGCUUUGUUCCCGCUCCGCUCCAACCUCCCCAUCCCGUUUCUCCCCUCCUCGUUUUCCCGCGAAUUCCCAGCCCGUCAAGCCCCGCUCUUCUCCCCAGGAAUUCCAGCUCUGAUCCCCUGAUCCACGCUCUGGGAAUUCUCUCUGGAACGGUGAAAAACUUUGGAUUGGGAGCGUUUGGAUUUCUGCGUGGAGCAGGAAGCGGAGCCGCUGCUCCGCCUUUCCCAGGAAAAGGGUGUGGGAGGAUUUCGGCCUUUCCGCCUCCUUCCCGCGGGGUAAAAAACGCUGGAUUUGGGAAUCGGGGGCCUGCUGGAGCCUGGAAUUCCCAUCCCGCAGAGCCGAGCCUUGGAAUUGGGCUCCUCGUGCCAACGGAGCUGUUUUCCAGCUUUAGGAAAAAGGGAAUGCGCAGCCAGCCCUGGGCUUGGACACGGAGUUAUCCUUGGAAGUUCCAGCUCCUGGCUCGGGGGAGGAGCGGGGGUUGGGAAACCUGAUCUCCCUCAGGAAUUCCUCCCUCUGGAAUGUCACCCGGCAGGUCCGCAGCGCUUUUGUUUGUUAAUCCCUGCCUCCAAAUCCCUCGGGAUUCUGCUCCGGAGGUGGAGGGCAGGGGGUUGGGCUGGCCAGGAGAAUCCAGGACGUGAUUCCCUUCAUUCCCUGGAAAUCUCAGGGAAGGGGUUUAGGAGGAGGAAAAGAAUGGGGGCGGGAAAAAAAAAAAAUCCGGAGGAAAUUCAGGAGGAGUUGAUUUGAUUGACGCUUCCCGGGAUCUGCUCCCGCUUGGACACGGACAUGGAGCAUCCCAGGGGUCCCUUCCCAUCGGGAAUGUGCUCAGGAAAUGGGAAUGGGAGUGGGCAAAGCUGGGAACUGCCACAUUUUGCUCCAAUCUGGAAAACAGGGAUUGAAUCCCCCUGGAAGCUGGGAGCUCUGGGAUCCGGGCUGGGAAAAUUCCUUCCAUCCCGAAGGUUCUGAUCCAUGUUUUGGGCCUCUGGAGCUGGAGGACGCUGUGGGUUUUCCCUCUGGAUGGAGCUGAUCCAUCCCUAGGGAAGCUUCCCUUGAUCCCAGACCUGUGGAGAGGCUGCGGAUGAUCCUGGAAUUUCCCCGGGAGCCUCCAGGGGUGACGCCCUGCUCCUUCCAGCCCUUGGCUCCGCAUUCCUUGGCUCUUCCCGGCGCUCCGCUUUUUUUCCAGGAAUCAUUCCUGGGGAUUCACCCCUCACCGCCGGCGUUUUGGGAAUGAAUUUUUGGGUGCUCAGACUUCCUGGGGGAGAAUUCCCGGGAACGGCAGCGGGUCCGGAGCACCUUUCUGCUCCCAAUCCUCGCGCUGGCUCCGUGCUGGGAUUGUGGAUCUGAUCCUGGGAAUUCCUGAGGUUAUCCCGCGGCCAUCUCGGUGCUCCCAAGGUGCCUCCAGGGCUCCUUUGGGUUGAACCUCCAGGCUGGGAGUUGGGUUUGGAUCCAUCCCAACCCGGAGGAGCGGCAGGAAAACCUGGACGAGGCUUGUCCUCGUUCCAACGUCGGGAUUCCCGGCGUGGCCGGGCUGGGAAUGCUUUGGGAAUAUCCUCCAGCUCCAGCAGGAUCCCGUGCUCCGCGUGGAAUGUGGGGCUUGUCCCGCUUUCCUUUCAUUUUUAAUGGAGGUUGAAAUUCCCGGUGUCCACCUGGUGCUUGGGAAAACCCUGUGGGAAGCGACGGGAAUCCUGCUGGAUCUGGGAUCUUCUCCAGGAGCGCCUGGAUGUCUCCCAGCCUUUGCUCCAGCAGGGAGCACAUCCUGGAAAACCAACCGGCCUGGCCAGCUCGGUGGGAAUUUUUUGGGAUUCCUUCCUUCUGGAGCCACUCCGGGAGCAGGACGGGUUUGGACACGCUCGGGAGCUUGGGCAGGAGCAGAUUUUCCAGGGAAGAGCUUUUCCUUCGGGGUGGAUUCUCCUGGAUCUCUGCCUGUUCCUCCUUCGGUGCCGUGGCUGGAGUAAAUCCAGAGAAUCCCAUGGAGCUGCUCCCGUGGCUGGAGCCCCUCUGCUCUGGGAAAACUGGGAAUGUUCAGCUGGAGAAGGGAAAGAUCCAGGGAGAGCUCAGAGCCCCUUCCAAGGCUCCAGGAGAGCUGGAGAGGGACUGGGGACACGGGAUGGACGGACAGGACACAGGGAAUGGCUUCCCGCUGGAAAAAGAGGUAUUUGGGUGGGAUCUUGGGAAGGAAUUCCUGGCUGGGAGGGUGGGGAUGGAAUUCCCAGGGAAGCUGUGGCUGCCCCUGGAUCCCUGGAAUCGUUCAAGGCCAGGCUGGACACUUGGAUCACCCUGGGACAGUGGGAGGUGUCCCUGCCCAUGGAAUGUGGUGGGAAUGGGAUCACCCUUCAGAUCCCUCCCAGCCCAGCCCGUUCCAGGAUGAUUCCAUCACCUCCAUAGAUUUUCCCUGCUGUUCAUGGAGGUUUCCUGCCUCAUCCUCGGGGAGCUGGGAAGCUGCUCCUGAAGCAGCUCCCGGGUGACUUUUCGGGAAUAACGACAGGAGCAAGGAGCCCGUGACACAGGACGAAAUUCCCGUUCCGGCUUUUCGUGGCAGAGCCAUUCCCGGUGCUCCUGCCACAAGGAUUUUGGCAGGAUUUUGGAUUUUGGCAGGAUUUGGCCAGCCGGGAGGCGUGGAAAAAUCCAUGGAAUUGUUUGUUCCGUGAAACCCUCGGGGCUGGAACAGUGAGGCACAAGCCAGGCUCGGAGGGGCCUGGUUUCCAUCGGGAACACUCCGGGCAUUCCGCACAUUCCCGGCGUGCCGGUGCCAAGGGCCUCGUCCCAAAAAAAGCUGGGAUCCCUCCUGCUCCCUCAGCCAGGAGCUCCGGGCCUGAGGGAAACGUGGAUUUGGGAUAUUCCCGACCCAAACCCCCGGCAGGGUGCAUCGAUUCCCUCUGGAAUGCUGCACUCCCCAAAUCCUCCCGAUUCCUUUUUGGGAAAGGAA